UUCACUGCGUUUUUCAUUUCACAGGAGCAGAUGAAAAGGACGCGUGAGUCUUUAUUGUCAGAAAUGUGAAUUCUUUUUUUUUUUUCUCUCUCUCCUGAUUUGCGCAGAUGGCGUUUGCUCUUCGCGCUUUGUUCCUGCUUUGCGGCAUCUGUGGACUGUUGAGCGGCGCUUGGUCUUUCCCCACGAAGAUUCGUAAAGCGUUUAACUGUCCUAAGGAUUGGACUCAGUUGGACCACAACUGUUACAUCUACCAAGAGGAAGCGAGGGGCUUUGCAGAUGCGGAGGCUGUCUGCCAGAUUCUUGGUGGGAAUUUGGUCUCCAUCCACAGUAGACUGGAAAAUGCAGUUGUGAUGCAAGUGGCUAUAGCCGGUGGUACUGGUAGCGAGGAAAUCUGGAUCGGAUUCCAUGACACACUUGAGGACGAUGACUUCAUUUGGACUGAUGGCUCACGUGAUGAUUUCACCAACUUUCUCACCAAUGAGCCUAAUAGCGCCAAUGGGGACUGUAUAGAGGCUGUUCUACCAGACGGAGGUUGGCAAACUGAGGACUGCGGUGACUCGGAACCAUAUGUCUGCAUCAUGGAGGCGGGCCACUAAUCAGCUCCCUUCCCGUCCUGUUUUCUGUCACCGUGGAGUUCAACAAUCAUGACGACUCAAUGAACCCAAAUCAACCCUGAGUGGUGUCUUUGUAUGUUUGGGUGAACUAUCAAGUCUCCUUUACCUCCCUAACGAUCACUUAUUAUCGAUAAUCAAAUUGUCACGUCAAAAAGCAUCUCCAAGUAAAUGAAGGAAUCUGUCAGCA